GUUACGUGCACAAUUGACAGAAAUAUUUGUUGUAAAAAUCGCAAUGAAAUUAGACACUGCGAAAAAUGUCGAGUUGUACAAAAAGUAAUUAAGAAGCAAUUAAGAAAGAUAUGUUUGGUGUGAGCUUGUAAAUACGUUCAACACAGGCAAUGGGAAAGCUGGUUGGAAAGGGACGUUCCAUCUUCAAGCGGUUCUUCUUCUGCCUGUUUGCGACUCUGCUAGCUGCCCUUCUAGUGGCUCUCAUUUUGAUUGUGUGGCCUCAAGAGAAGCUUCAGGAGGUUAAUGGAAUCAAACAGACCCUGAAAUUGCCAGCAGCCCCAGCUAUAGUACUGAGAGACAAUAGCCCAGUGAGCAAGAGCCGUGAGGAGACAUGUACAUUCCACAGAUGUUUCAACGUAUACGACUGUGGGUACAAUGAUCAAACCACCAUCAGCGUCUAUGUGUACCCCAUGCAAGAGUUUGUUGACGAGAAUGGCUCGGCCCUCCUGCUGCCUAUAUCAAAGGAAUUCUAUGAGAUUCUCACAACGAUCAUGGAGUCCCCUUUCUACACGAGUGACCCUACCAAGUGCUGCCUGUAUGUCCCUGCAGUCGAUCUUCUUAACCAAAACAAGUUGAGACUGAAGGAAACCAGUCAGGCCCUCGCAGCUUUGAAAUGGUGGGGCGAUGGUUCCAAUCACCUGCUGUUCAACAUGCUGCCAGGCAGCGUGCCAGACUACAACACCGCUCUCGAUGUCAGCACAGAGAAGGCCCUCGUAGCGGGUGGUGGGUUUUCAUCUUGGACUUACAGACGCACAUAUGACGUGUCCAUACCUGUAUACAAUCCACUUACAGCGGAAGUGCGUCUGCCAGAGAAAUCAUACCUCGAGGCCCGACCGUGGCUGCUCAUCUCCUCCCAGACGGGGCUGCACAAGGAGUAUCGGGACGUCCUCUCCCGGCUGGACCCCUCGAUGUUCCUGGAAGUGGACAAGUGCCUUGACACGGAGGACCGCGGCUGGGACUUCAAUACCAGGUGUCACGAGGGACGCAAGUUCCAGUAUCCACACCUUCUGCAGGAGGCCACAUUCUGCCUGGUGUUGCGGGGGUCAAGGCUGGGUCAGACUGCGCUGUAUGAUGCCAUGAAGGCAGGCUGCAUACCUGUGGUGAUUGCCGAUAGUUACGUCAUGCCCUUCAGUGAGGUGCUCGACUGGAAGAGGGCGGCAGUGAUUCUGCGAGAAGAUGACCUAGGGAACCUCCUUACCGUGUUGCAGUCAUUCAGCACGGCUCGCAUACAUGCAAUGAGGCAACAAGUCACAUUCAUCUUCAACAGAUAUUUCCGGACGAUGCGUGACAUCACACUUGCCACCUUGCAGAUCAUUAAUGAUCGUGUGUUUCCGUACGCAAGUAGAACUUAUGAGGAGUGGAACGACUUCCCAAGACUGGGUAGCAUACGUAACCCCCUCUUUCUACCCCUUAUGCCACCAGUCAGCCAGGGCUUCACUGCGGUCAUCCUCACGUAUGACCGCCUUGAGACCCUGUUUGAGGUCAUCAAUCAGGUUGCCAAGGUGCCCAGUCUAGCCAAGAUCCUCGUUGUCUGGAACAACCAGGAGAAACCACCGCCACAGAUGUCGGCGUGGCCGCAGAUCGACAAGCCGUUGAAAGUGGUUCAGACAACACAGAACAAGCUGAGCAACCGCUUCCUGCCAUACCAAGAGAUAGAAACUGAGUGCAUCCUAGCCCUCGAUGAUGACAUCAUCAUGCUUACCGCUGAUGAGCUUGAAUUUGGCUUCGAGGUGUGGCGUGAGUUUUCGGAUAGACUGGUUGGGUUCCCGUCUCGGGUGCAGCUGUGGGACAACACGACAGGCAAGUGGAGAUACGAGUCGGAGUGGACCAACGAGAUCUCCAUGGUGCUUACAGGGGCCGCUUUCUACCACAAGUACUUCAGCUACCUGUACACGUACAACAUGCCAGGUGACAUCAAGGCCUGGGUGGACGAACACAUGAACUGCGAGGACAUCGCCAUGAACUUCCUCCUGUCUAAUGUCACAGGAAAGGCCCCCAUCAAGGUCACUCCACGAAAGAAGUUCAAGUGCCCGGAGUGCACAAACACCGAGAUGUUAUCGGCAGACGUAACACACAUGGUGGAGCGAUCGGAGUGUAUAAACAAGUUCACAGAGGUUUAUCAGGCGAUGCCUUUAAAGACAGUGGAGUUUAGAGCUGACCCACUGCUGUACAGAGAUUUGUACCCACCGCGCUUGAAAGAGUUUAACGAUAUAGGCAGCCUGUAAGUUAAGGCCAUACACUGCAUUGACUGUAUAUAGAACAGUAUUUUUGGCAGCCAUACCAUCCACUUUUUAAUAUUCAUAAGUCCUUUAAUGUACAUGUACAUAUAUGAUUAUUUAUUUUUGGAAAUACAGAUCUUAAGAUAGUGUUGUUAUGAAUGUUUGUUGCUAGAUAAUACAGCAAUCUUGAUUGUUGAUUUGUUCAAGUAUUUUGUAUAAAAAAAACAACAAAUUAUGAAUCUGUUUUUCUGUAGGAUUUUUUAAGAAACUUUUGUGCAGAUUAAUAUUUUAAAAACAGUGCUAAAUACGCCUCUUUUAAGAUGUUCAUGUUUCUGCAAUAUUUUAAUAAAUUUUGUUGUGCUUUAACAAAUUCACCCCUAAAUAUAAAUUCUGUACAAUUACUAUAAACAUUUAUCUUUCAAUUUCUGAUCUCAUUGAGCUAAGGUGUCAAUGACAGGCCUUAUACUAGUUAUAGAUAAAUUCAGUCUAUCAUAACAAUUAUUUCAAGUUCUAAAUGUCUUGCUCUGAUUAUGAAUUAGUAAAAUAAGAAGGUGUAGUAUGUAAACAAUGACUUGGUAAUCUUAGGGAGGGAUUAUCCGAUGUACAUGUGUAUAUUUAACCAGGUUUUCCGAAGGAAAAAACUGGUUAUUAGAUUGGCGAAUGCGGGCGGGCUGGCGGGCUGGCAGGCUGGCGGGCGGGCGGAACAAGCUUGUCCGGGCCAUAACUAUGUCGUUCAUUGUCAGAUUUUAAAAUCAUUUGGCACAUUUGUUCACCAUCAUUGGACGGUGUGUCGCGCGAAAUAAUUACGUCGAUAUCUCCAAGGUCAAGGUCACACUUUGAG